AUGGCCACAGAGCCUGCAUUUAACAAGCUAGCUGAAGUUUCUGUCCCGCACCAACCGAGCAACCAUCCCAACGGUGCCCAGCAUGGCGUCGAUUACUCUGCUUUAAACGGCAGUUUCCACAACCUCGAGGACAUAGCCAACAAGCGCAUCACCAAUGUCGAAGAGCAACUACAUUCCACCGAUGUUAGUGUUAGUGGCGGAUCCGAUACGGAAGCCUCGCGAGCAAAGGAUGGCGAUAAGAGCCACAGCCGAACAGGCUCUGCCGCUAGAAAACCUGCCACGUUUAAGGCCGUCUCCGUCAAUAGGACAUUCUUAGCCGCCAAGGCCAGCAGUUCGAGUGUUCCCUCAAGGGCGACAGAACGACCAUCAGGAGAUUCUAGCACACCACCUCCCGGGUCAUCAGCGUUAUCGGCAUCUCGACCCAGGCUUGUCGUCAAAGCUGGCGGCGGCGCGCGCGAUUCCAUGCCGCGUUUCGCUACCACAAACGGCGGCAAGUCAGGAUCUGUACCAGAUGGAAACGCAGUUUGGAACAAGAACCGACCGCCGGAGCCCAAGAAAUUUACCGACGAAGAGCUCCAGAAUCACGGCAUUCAUAUGGCUAGUCGCCUUAAUGAAGACGAUGCACAAGGGCAGAACAAAUGGGCAGAUAUUGACGAUGAUGAUGAAGACUGGGCGCCAGAAGCAAUCACAUGGGGCGACGGGACUAAGACAAAAUUGCCACAUCCUGAUGAACACCCGCCCCAUGACGAGCCCCAGGCCUCGCAAGAUAGAUUUCACUCGACGUAUGCAACGUCUGGACGAACUCCCCAACCAGAUUACCCUGCGCCGAAACCUGCUGGCCUACCUUCCGGUAAGGGUCUUGUUCUUAAAGGCGCUAGUCAGGACCGCCCUGCCCUCGUUGCGAAGCCACCACAGCCGCCUGCUCCCGCCAAAUCGCCCUGGGCCCAGCUGCCUCCUGUCGACAGGCCACAGCAGCCUUGGAGUGAAUCGGCAGGAUCACCUCGGGGCUCUUAUAAGGAGCCGUCGCCGCUAAAGAUGACGGGACUUCCGCCCAAGGAGAUUGCCGCAGAUGAUUUCAAUCGUUCUUCUUGGAGAGAUAGCCACGGUGGUAGUGGUGGCCGUGAACUCUAUAAUUCUCAGUCGGGACGACUUGAACCUGUCCCAGACCGUCGGGGAUCUAUGCUUUCGGAUCACUCAGGCAGACAACCUGCAGUCCUCCAGAGACAAGCCUUAGAUCAGCCCGAGCCUUCCAGCGCUUUUCAGACUAGCCGAACUAACCAAGAAGGCUCUUUCAACCGAAGAAGGGCGUCAUCCACUGUAAGCGGCGGCAGCGGUCUUCUCCAGCGUAGCGCUCGUGCUCCUGAAGGCCAGCAGCAGUACAUCACCGACGAUCGCGGCCCUCGUCGGCCAUCGUUUUCUGGCUCACACGAAGGCCGUUUCAACCAUCAAAACUUGAAUGGACCUAGUCGCCAGCAUUCUGCCUGGACAAACAUGGAAAUGCCGGACCUGACGCAAGUGGAAUCUCAAGUACCUGAUGAAGACGAUGUCGAGUAUCAGAAGAAGCUUAUGAAGGAACGUAUUGAGCUUGCUCGAAAACGUCGACAAGAAGAAGUCGCUCGCGAGGAGGCGGCACGCAAAGAACGCAUUCAGAAGAAGCUUGAAAUGCUCGGCCCUGCACCUGAAAAGAAGAACGAUAAGAAGGAAAGCGUGAAUCGCGACGAAUCUAAGCCGACCCAAAUUCAUCGUCGUGAGGGCCCUACUGAUGGAGAGCCUUUGCAUCAAUCUGGUGCGAGCACCAAAGACUCAUUGUCGAGACGCCUUUCCCAGAAUCAGGAACAGCAGCCUGCCGAAACAUGGGCUGCCACUAGUCCUCGACCAGACCGAUUAUCUGCUUGGGCAGCUGGAGCAAACGGCCUGGGGAGAAAUGUAUGGGGCUCUCCAGAUAACGACCGUGGCCUUGGCAACGGGACAUUCAAUCCCGACUUGGGACGUAUUCCCGGCGCGGCCGGCACUAACAUUCAGCCCAACAAUGGCCCGCAGCCAUUGUCAUUGCCUGCAGCAAUGCAGGCAGCACCCAUUGGAUCCCGUGCUCCACGUUAUGAUGCCUCUGGCACAGAUCUUGCUAGUAAAUGGGUUGCGGCUGUUGCCGAUAACGACAAAAGGCUGAGUGCUGCCAGGUUAGCCGAGCACACCAACAUGGAACGCCAGCUAGCAGAAAGAGGGCUCUCGGCGGAUGAUGCUCAACCUGUGAUCAAAGAAACUUGGCGGCAAGUGCAUACACCUGGUGAUGGCACACGCCAAGUGGUGAAUGCCACCGAGGUGCAGAUGCAUACUUCCAAUACCUGGAAGCCGACCAGAGAAGACUCGAGCCAUUCGAAACAGCCACCCCCUACCGCUCCUGCAGGAGUCAUCGGGUCUGCGCCGGCUCAUCUGCUAUCACAGAAUACCAACACGUCAUCACAAGCACGGACUUCUCGCUUUUUCCCCGCGAGAGAGCAGCGCUUCGAUUCGCCGCCGGAUACAAUUAGACCCUCGUCUCCAUCAGCUCCCCCACCCACCAUGGAGGGCCAUCCGGCAUAUGAAGGCGAUGCCAGGCAUCCCCAUGUGUCGCUACCGAAGCCGCAGCCUAUUGUGAAGCUUCCACCGUCUGCCAUUCAACACCAGACGGCAAUCACUCGACAGCAAACUGUCUGGGGUAACAGAGGACAGCCCAACGGCCGUGGACCUCAGCCAUACGGGCAUCAGUCUCAACGAAGCGCCGAGAGCUCUCAAGAACAAUGGCAAGAUCGAUUUAAUAGCCUACUGCACAAGACCUCCCCCCCGAAGCCAACCAUUCCAAUGUAUGUUGUUAAUGUUGCUAGCCGGUCUGGCUAUGAGCACAACGCACCAGGAACUACGGCAACAGUUGUUCUUCCGGGCAGCCCACUUCAACGCCAGCGGAUUGUGUUUGCCCCAAAGCCUCCCGAGUCAAAGCCAAUGGCUGAGGAAUGCUUUGAGGAGCAAGAAAUGGGAUCUCUUCCCAUCAUUCGGCUGCCUACUAAGACUCCUGAUACAGCUUGGCAACCCGCCGUGGCUCAGUUCAAGUCUCUGCCUAAGCGGUACCUUGUUCAUGCCUCUAUCAUGGAGCCGUUCCGGAUCGCUGAUGAGCAGUCCGGCAACUCUAGCAUCAUCCGUGUUCAUCUCCCGGGCAUGCAGGAGCAGAAGACUAUUACUGUUGCACAAGCAGCAAGCUCUUUCCGUGGCGGCUGUGGCAACAGCCGAUCAUCUCCUCGCCAUCGCGGCGGUGGACGAGGCGGCAAACGGGACACGUCGAGUUCACACGGCGACUCGCCUACAAGCUACGGUCGUGGCAACCGUGGCGGUUACCGCGGGAAGCCUUCUGAUAACUGGAACCGAAAUACGGGCCGAGCCCAGGCUCAAACGCAGCUCUCGGCUUAG